AUGCUCCGCUUUACUUCAGAACUUGAGCAUGAGAACGUACAGCAAAUUGGUUGGCUACUUCACCGGCAUUAGCUGGAUGUUCAGUCCGUAUGGUGUACCUUUUGUAAUGUACAAUACUGGACUGGUUGCGAGUAUCCUAACUCUAAUUUUCAUCGCAAUAGCAAGCUUCAUUCCCGUUAUGUGGAUACUGGAGACUUUGUGCAGAGCGCAGGCACUAGAAACCAUGAAAGAGAGGAAGGCGGAUGUGGACAUGGAAAGUGUUGACCUUGGUAGCCUGACAGAAAUCAUGUCUCUAUGCAAAAUAAAAACUGGGAGGCGAUUUGAACUACAGGAGCUGUGUGAGAUAUUUAUUGGAAAGCCAGCGGCUAUUAUCUGUACUCUUUUGGUUGUUGUUUACCUAUCCAACUGGACAACUGUCGUCAUUUCUGCAACUGCUUUGGCUACUAAUGCUCCCGUCGAUAGUCAUGGAAGCUUCUUAACACAAUGUACAGACUCGGACUUUCACUUUCGUCUUCAUCCUGAUGGAACUUGCUGGAAUACAUACACACUGUCAGUGUUGGUUUUUGGUGUGUUCUCUUUAAUUGUGGCUUUCACUGAACUUGGAGAGAUGAGGAUUCUUCAGACAGUCUUGGCAUUUGUUCGAUUUGCGACUAUUGGAGCCAUGAUAGUUUACAGUAUUUUUACAGUGGACGAAGAUCACAGUCACGACAGGAAAGUCCAUUGGUUUCAGUUUUCUUUGCGUGGGUUUUUGGCUGCUGUUCCUACCCUGGUCUAUGCACACUUGACAGUCAUUGGAAUACCAACAAUCUCAGAACCUGUUGCGAGGAAGCAAGGACUUGCCAAGAUGUGGGCCGGAAUAUUUUUUACAACAUCAAGUUUCUGUGGCAUCUUGGGUCUCACAGUUGCUGUUCGCUUUAAAUCCACUGUGAAUGAAGUUGCAUCUUUGAACUGGGUUCCUCUUACUCAUUCAAGCAAUAUUGUUUUGAGAAUAUUUGCAUAUUGGAUUGUCCUUUAUCCAUCAGUGGAACAAUGUGUGUCUUAUGGAAUGACUUCAAUAAUUUUGGCAAACACGGUUGAGUCAUUGUUGGUUGGCAGUAACAAGCAUUCUAGGGUCGAACGAUCAAUUCAUCGGUUUUUGUGGACAGCAGCUCGUCUCAUUGCACCAAUAUUUGUAAGCAAUUUGGUAGCCGAGUCGAAAUAUGUAAGUCUUGUGUUGUUCUGGCUGAUGUACUUCAUACCAGGAUUGCUGCAGUUUUGUUCAAGAAAUAGGUGGUUGGCCGAGAUUAAGAAGGUUACUGUAGCUGCACCAGAAAUUAUUGAACAUCACAAUGCAACUGAGCGUACUGGCUUGAUUAGUACUAAGAUUAGGUUGAAUAUUGUGAAUGAUACGCCGUAUAGUGGAUGGUAUAGCCGACCGAUAGUUGUCGUCGUGGUGCAGUUGUUUGGCCUUCUUGCUUUUGGUUUGACUGUGGUAGGUCUUGCCUUGCCUCACAGUCUGUCGUGACUUUUUAUUUGCUAUUUGUGAGACUGUGUGAAAGUCUUUUAAUGAGUUUAUUCGUGAUUCUGUGUAGUUUAAUUAAUUGUUCAAGAAUCUUGUACAGACAAAUUGCAUUGCGUAUGUAUUUAGGUAGACUGUUCGCUUAACCGUGCUUAGAAGUUGACUUGUUUGUACUCUACUGUAGUAGUCUAGUAGUUCUCUGUUUGGUGAGGAGUAAGAGUUGGGAGACUAAGAAUGUAUCAAUUUGAUUGUCAGGUCACAUGUUAGAUGACAUACAAGCAUUUCAUUGAGUCAGAGGCUUCGCAGCCAAAGAUUACUGAAACAGGUAUAGUACUGUACAUCACUUCGGUUUUCAGAAAUUGCAUCCGUUCAUGUAUGUACAAUGGAGAGUCUCGGUACAAGACAGGGUGAGAAGUGACUAGUAAUUCAGUCUCAUGCAAAGGGUUUGAUGUUCUAACCAUCUACAUGACAUUGAUCUAAUGUUGAAGUUUAAUUCAACUGUAUUAACUAGGGUUCUACAUGAUUCUGUUUUCAAUAAGGGAAUGUGACUACGUUUUGCGAGAUUCUUAGAGCGUUACGUUUUCCAGCAAUCAGUGUCAUUUGUUAACCAUUAUAUAAAUUCUAGAUCUAAGAAUUGUUGUAGAUGUAAUACACUAAUUUCCUUUUUUGUGUUCUUACGACUAUCAAGAUCGAAUCUAGUGAUCAGUUUGCACACUUCUGUGAUAUGUCAGACGCAGAUCAAAAGACCGUUAUAGGUCAUUUACUAAUUCAUUUUUUAGUGUUUCUAGUGACCUAUUUGACAAGACCACUGUAACAAAACAACGCAAGGUUGUAGUGCUAAUUAAGUUGACUAUUAGUAAGGUUGAAAGCAACUUUCAAUGAAAUGGCCAUGGAACAAGGUAUAUUUAUAAUUGGAAUUAGAGGAGAUCCAAACUGAUAGCUUGGACAUCUCAAGUAAAUUGUCUUUGAAUGGUGAGAUUAAAUUAAAUCAAUGAAAGAUUAGGCAUGCUUUUCGUGGCAACUUUGUUUUCCAGACACAAUUGCAAGCAUGCAAUCACGCGCGUUAGACCCACUAAAUUUUAGUGCUGAUAUUUAUAUCUAAACGCUCGCUACUGCAAGGCAUCCGUACUGUACUCUAGAAAUUGCAAGGUCUUCAUUGGUCGGCUAGAACGGUGCUCUGACCACGAAGACUUACAGCAAAUUGGUUGGCUACUUUACCGGCGAUAGUUGGAUGUUUAUGUAGUUCUUACAGCAUUCCUGUUGUCAUGUACCAUACUGGUCUGGUUGUUGGUGUUGUUACGUUCCUCAUCAUUUCAAUAGCGAGCUUUUUCCCAGUUCUAUGGAUACUAGAAACUGUCCAGAGCCGAGGUGAGAGCUGUGGACUAAGAUCUCUACCUACUCGAAUAGCUAACUAAGUCUAGUUUUGUAAAUGUCUACUCGCUUUAUCGUUUGACGUAUACGUUUGUCAGGCAAUGGAAACUCUAGAUCUCGAUCUUCGAGAGAUUAACGCUGACACGGAACCUGAAUAUGAACGUUUGAGUGUGACGGAAGUCGUGUCCCUUUGCAAAGUUAGAACCGGGAGAAAGUUUGAGCUAGACGAGCUCUGUAAAUUGUUUAUUGGAAAACCGGCAAGUAUUCUGUGUACACUCUUUAUCCUUAUUUACCUCUGGGACUGGUCGUCCGCCGCCAUUUCUGCUACUGCAUUCGCCACUAAUGUUCCUGUUGGCGAUCAUGGCACGUUUCUAUCUCGGUGCACUGAUCAAGACUUCCUCUUCCAUGUACAUCCUCUUGGCACUUGUUGGAAUACCUACACACUUUCUGUACUAGUUUUGGGUAUACUCUCUUUGGUUACAGCUCUCACUGAGCUUGGAGAAAUGAGUAUUCUUCAGACAGCGUUAGCGAUAUUUCGCUUUACAACUAUUGGAGCUAUGGUAGUGUACAGUAUGGUGACUGACAGUGAAAACAAAGAAGAUGGGAAUUCGAAGGAGGGAGCAGUUGCUUGGUAUCAGUUUUCUUUACUUGGCUUUUGGUUGCUAUUGCUGCCAUGGUUUACGCGCAAGUGACAGUGAUUGCAGUGCCAUCGAUCUCAGAUCCUGUUGAGAACAAGCAUGGGUUGGUUAGGAUGUGGACAGGAGUAUACGUCACGUCAUCGAUUUUGUACUGUGUCAUGGGCAUUACCCUUGCAAUUCGUUUCAAGUCUCAUAAAUGAAAUUGCAUCACUGAUCAUGAACUGGGUAAGUUGUGAAAAGACUAGGAAUUUAAUUAAUUAAUUAUUAUGGAAAUGUUAAUAACAGGCAGGCACAUAAUAGAUUGAGCUCAGCUGCAUGUAUUUAAUUUGAUGUGGGAUUGCUUUACCAAAAGACUUAAUGCAUAUCUAUGAUGAAGGUGCCUCUUUCUGACUCAAGUAGUACUUUUGUGAAAGUACUUUCAUAUUGGAUCGUGCUUUAUCCAUCACUGGAGCAGUCCAUUCAAUAUAGAAUGAUUUCCAUUAUUUUAGCAAAUACAGUGGAAUCUCGGCUGUUUGGUGGUGACAGGCAAUUUUCUAGACUUGACUAAUCUGUUCAUCGGUUUCUUUGGACAAUUAUUCGUCUCAUUCCACUAAUUUUUGUAAGUAAUUUGGUGACUGAGUACAAGUAUUUGAGUCUUCUCUUGUUCUUCUUGAUGUACUUCAUUCCGGGUUUGCUGCAGUAUCGUUCAAGAAAGAGAUGGAUGGCUGAGAUUAAGACAUUUGCUGCAACUGCAGCUGAAAAUCUUCAACAAGAAGAUGCAGCUGAGUCUACUGCUUUGAUUGGUUCUAAGGUGAUCACUAUAAAUGAUACUUUCUACAGUGGAUGGUCUAGUCGACCAGUAGUUGUUGUAGAGGUGCAGUUGAUUGGCCUUCUUGCUUUAGGUUUGACUGUGACCGGUCUUGUACUGCAUAACAGCUUUCAAUGAUUGUUAGAUGCUUACUGUUAUUAGUUAGUAUGGUGUUAGCACUAAUUAGAUUUAUUGAUAGAAAUAAUGAAAUAUAUUUUCACAUAUA